AUGAGUUCUCUUGAUACAAUUGAUGCUCUCUACAAGAGUUUAAGAGAAGUUACUAACGAAGAUGUCGAAUUAUUCGAAGAUAAAAUAACUAAAUUAGAUUUCGAUAAGGAUUCAAAAGAGCCAGACUUAGAGAAUAUUAGAAAUAUAUAUCUAAAACCUACAAAUAACUUAUCUUGGGGUUUAUUAGAUUUAGUUCAAAAUGUUCCAUCAAUGAAUUUCUUGGAUGAGCCUAAUGGUAACGAUACAAACCAAUCCGCUUAUGAUUAUAAAGAUCUUUUCCAAUUACCAGAGCCUAUCAAAAGAACAGCAUAUUAUUUUAAAAGACGUGGUAUUGAAGGUCAUAUUGACAAUUAUAAGGAAGAAGUUAACUUAAAGGAAAUUGCAAACGCUAAUGCUUCAAAUUCUUUGUCAUUAACAAGAACAGUUAAUGCACAUGGUAAUUUCAUCUCAGGUUCAAGUUCACAACUUCCAUUUGCUCCUGGUGGUGUAGUUAUGGGCCCUGAAGGCACAAGGAAGAAAAAUACUUCAGCAAUGUCGACUGCUACUAAACUUCUGCAUAAGGAUGACCAAGGUUUAUUUGAUAUCCCAACAGGAUUUGAGCGAGGAAUAUUGCCACAGUUACAUGUGUCUACUACCAAUGAUCAAGUUGAUACUAUUCAUGAGAUUGAUUCUAUUGAUAAUGAAAUUGCAAACAAAGAAGAAAUAGAACAGUUAUAUGAUAAUGAAGAUAACUUAGUUAAAGAACUUACUCAAACUGUUUUGGCUAAUCAACCUACAACCGCAGAUUUAAAUGAAAUCGACGAUCUAUUGCCAAUAGGAAUCGAAUUUGGAAGAACUGUCAAAAACCAACAAAAUUUGCUCGAAAGAAAAGAAUGGGCUCAUGUAGUAGAUUUGAAUCACAAGAUUGAGAAUUUUAGUGAAAUGGUUCCAAAUCCAGCAAGAACAUGGCCGUUCGAGUUAGAUACCUUUCAAAAAGAAGCUGUAUACCAUUUAGAGCAAGGUGAUUCCGUAUUUGUAGCAGCACACACAUCUGCAGGUAAAACCGUCGUUGCUGAAUACGCUAUUGCGAUGUCAAAGCGUAACAUGACUAAGACUAUAUAUACCUCACCAAUCAAAGCAUUAUCGAAUCAGAAAUUUAGAGACUUUAAAGAAACUUUUGAUGACAUUGAAAUAGGGUUAAUUACUGGUGAUGUUCAGAUUAAUCCCGAAGCUAAUUGUUUAAUUAUGACUACUGAAAUUUUAAGAUCAAUGCUUUAUCGUGGUGCUGACCUUAUCAGAGAUGUCGAGUUUGUUAUCUUUGAUGAAGUCCAUUAUGUUAAUGAUCAAGAUCGUGGUGUUGUAUGGGAGGAAGUUAUAAUUAUGUUACCACAGCAUGUAAAGUUUAUUCUGUUAUCUGCUACUGUCCCUAACACUUAUGAAUUUGCAAAUUGGAUAGGUAGAACGAAACAAAAAAAUAUAUAUGUUAUUUCUACGCCUAAAAGACCCGUGCCCUUAGAAAUCAAUAUUUGGGCCAAGAAUACUUUAAUCCCAGUAAUUAAUUCCAAGAGAGAAUUUUUAGAGGCAAAUUUUAAAAAGCAUAAACAAUUGAUAGAAGGGGUUCCAUCUUCUUCCAAGCCAGAUGAUAAGAAGACCAAUAACAGUAGAGGUGGUUCUAUAAGAGGAGGAUCAAGAAGGGGUGGAUCUACAAGAGGUGGUUCUUCAACCAGAGGGAACGCACUCAGUGGAUCUCGUGGUGCUGGUGCUGUUGGUUCUAAUAAAAGUAAAUUCUUUAGAAGAGGUGGUCCUAAUAAGAAGACUUGGCCUGAUAUCAUCAAUUUCUUGAAGGGAAGGGAACUUUUACCAGUUGUUAUCUUUGUUUUUAGUAAGAAGCGUUGUGAAGAUUAUGCUGAUUAUCUAGAGAGUCUGAAUUUCUGCAAUAACAGAGAAAAAUCUCAAAUUCAUAUGUUCAUUGAAAAAUCAAUAACAAGAUUAAAGAAGGAAGAUAGAGAAUUACCUCAAAUUUUGAAGAUUAGAUCAUUAUUGGAAAGAGGUAUUGCAGUUCACCACGGUGGUCUAUUGCCAAUUGUGAAAGAAUUGAUAGAAAUAUUGUUCUCUAAGGGAUUGAUACGUGUUUUAUUUGCUACCGAAACAUUUGCAAUGGGGUUGAACUUACCAACAAGAACUGUUAUCUUUAGUGAGAUUCAGAAACAUGAUGGUGUUGGUCUAAGAGAUUUAAAUCCUGGUGAAUUUACACAAAUGGCGGGUAGAGCAGGCCGUAGAGGGUUAGAUGAUACUGGUACCGUAAUUGUCAUGGCAUAUAAUGAUCCAUUACAAUCGUUAUCAUUUAAGGAAGUAACUCUUGGUGUUCCAACUAAAUUAGAAUCUCAAUUUAAAUUGACUUAUAACAUGAUUUUGAAUUUGCUAAGAAUUGAAGCGUUAAAAGUUGAAGAAAUGAUAAAAUAUUCUUUUAGUGAAAACACCAAGCAAACCUUGCUACCUGAACAUGAAAAGAAGAUUAAAGAAUUACAGGAAUCUUUAUCUGCUAUAAAAGAUAUUGAUUGUGCAGUUUGUGGUGACCAUUUAGAUAGUUUCUUAAAUGAUUCUAUUAGAUACUCUGAAGUAACCGCUAAUAUGAUGGAGGAAUUGACAAAGACAGGUGCUGUUUUCUAUGUGUUAAAGGCAGGAAGACUGAUUUUAUUUAGAGAUAUAGACGGUUCUGCUAAAUUGGGAUUUAUUUAUAGUAACAAUGUGAAGGCAGCAACUCUAAGGGUUAUAUCUUUUACAUCACCAAACAUUUUACCUAAUGGGCAACCUAAUCAUUUGCCAUAUUUAUCUUCCAUUGCUCAGUAUUGUAACAGGUAUUUUAAUAAGUUUAAGAGUAUACCUUUUACUAUUGAGGAGAUUUCUGUGAGCGCUAUUGAAAUUGUUUCCCCAUUAGUUUUGAAAGUUCCGUUCACACAGAUCAUAAAUGGAGAACCGGAAGCAAUGGCCAAAUUACAUGAAGAGAUUAAAGUUGUACUAAGAAUUGCACCAAAGUUGAAAGAAAGUAAGACAGAAAAGAGAGGUAACUUAAAGGUGCAUCAAAGUUUAGUAGAAAGGGCAAACAUUAAAGAAAGAUUGGAGAAUAGUGAGGUUUUGAAAUGUGAUGAUUUAUAUUCACAUUUUGAACCAAAGUAUAAGAAAUUCAUGAUUGAGAAAGAAAUUAAAGGUUUAUAUCAUUUGAUGUCAGAUCAAAAUUUGAAUUUAUUACCAGAUUAUGAGAAGAGAUUAUCCGUUUUAAAAGCCACAGGGUUCAUUGAUCAGAAUCAUAAUGUUAUGUUAAAGGGACGUGUUGCUUGCGAGAUCAAUUCAGGGUAUGAACUGGUAAUCACUGAAUUAAUCUUGGACAAUUUCUUGGGUGAUUUUGAACCUGAAGAGAUUGUAGCCUUAUUAAGUGUUUUCAUUUAUGAAGGUAGAACUAAAGACGAAGAACCACCUAUUGGAACACCAAGGUUAGCAAAAGGUAAGAAGAAGAUUGAAGAGAUUUAUAAGAAGAUGUUGAAUGUUUAUGAAGCAGAACAAAUUCCUUUAACCAGGGAAGAAGCUGAAUUUUUAGAUAUGAAAAGGUUUGCAUUGAUGAAUGUUGUAUAUGAAUGGGCUCGUGGAUUAUCAUUUAAAGAAAUUAUGGAGAUCAGUGUUGAACAAGAAGGUACAGUUGUCAGAGUUAUCACUAGAUUAGACGAAAUUUGUAGACAAGUGAAGACAGCGGCCAUUAUUAUUGGUAAUUCUAAUUUACACCAAAAGAUGACACAAGCCCAAGAGUUGAUUAAAAGAGAUAUUGUAUUUGCAGCAAGUUUGUAUUUGUAA